CUCUUUCGCUCGCUCGUCUCUCCUACGUCAAAAACAUUUCCACCAUUUUCGCUCGUUAACACCUUUCUUCAGCUAUUCUCUUCGUCAAUCUUGUUUUCUCAGUGGAUCUUUCUCUGUAAUGGAGACCCUCGUGACUCGUGGCGGUUCCCUUCAGAAUAAUCACUCAAGAAAAGAGUGGCGCGCCGUUUACCCGCCAAACCAGACUGAACCGAGAGCCAUAUACGAGAAUGGAAGAGACGGUGAACUUUUGGAGCAGAUUCGUUCAGUUUCUAGACAAAAAGGAGAGCUACAGAAGCAGGAGGUUGAGCUUCGAGCACGGGUGUUGGCUAUGGAGAUUCAGAGAGGCUUUGAGUCUCGUUCUGUAGAGUAUGAGAAUGCUGCUGCGAGAUUGCAGGAGCAACUUCGUGAGAAGGAGAGAGCUGUUAGGGAGAUGGAGAGGAAGUUAGAAGGGAAAGACAGAGAGCUGCAUGCGGCUAAGCUGGAUAACCAAGCAGCGUGGGCGAAUGAAGGUCUACUAAGAGAACAAAACAAAGAACUUGCCACUCUAAGAAGGGAGCGUGAUCACUUUGAAGCUGAGAGGUCCCAAAGUAUACAUAAAAUAUCUGAACUUCAGGAGCAUAUUCAAGAGAAAGAAAGAUUGUACUCUGAACUGGAGGAACAGAAUAGGAUUGCUCAAGAAACAAGCAUGUACAAGGAUGAGCAACUGAGAGAAUUGCAUGGUUGGAUUGCGCGUGCGCAAGAGAUGGAUGCUUUACAAUCAUCUACAAAUCUCUCCUUGCAAGCUGAACUACGAGAACGUACUGAGCAGUAUAACCAGCUAUGGCAUGGUUGCCAAAGACAGUUUGCGGAGCUGGAGAGACUGCAUCAGCAUACAAUGCAACAGCUUCAGCAUGAGCUUGCCAAUUUAAAAGAAGGAGGUGGUGGCUCCAAAACAAAUUUUAACGGUGCCUCCCAGAUGAACCCUCUGCACUCCUUCGUGAUGCAUCAACAAAAGGCUAUUUCAGAGAUGCCUAGACAGAAUCAUGUGCAUCCACCUCAAGGAAUUCAUCAUGCCUUGGUAAGUUCUGAUGCGAGGAGUGAACAUCAGAUGCCUGCCAAUGGACAGUCCCUUGGUCAAGGGUAUCUGGAUGUUCAAACUAGCUAUGGAGGACAAUACAGAUCAGCUACACCAUUGUCCUUGGUGAAUGAACAGGUUGUGGAAUCAAGCAAUGGUUCUAAUACGUCAGAGAAUAACUUUCAAGACAUUUCUUCACAGUUCCGUGAUGUGCUAAGGCUAGAUUCUAAUGCGCUAAAUCAGAAACCCAAUGAGGCUAAUGGUCAGAUUUCACCUGGUGAACAAAAUGGUGUCGUGCCUGAAACUCUAGUCUCAUCUGGCAAAGCUGAGAGGAACGUAGAGAGUGCUCUUCUGGAUGAAAGGUCGCUUUUGGCUUGUAUCGUUCGUACUAUACCAGCUGGUGAAAGAAUUAGAAUCAGUUCAACGCUUCAUAAUCGUCUGGGAAAAAUGAUAGCGCCUCUGCAGUGGCAUGAUUACAAGAAGAAGUACGGGGAGCUGGGAGACUUUGUUGCUAGCCAUCUCGAGUUGUUUACGAUAGAAGGCGACUACAUUCAAGCUAGAGAAGGUGCACAGAAAAUGGUAGCAGCUUCAGUUUCAGCAGCAGCUGGCAAAGUGGCAGCUUCAUCAUCUCCGAACUCAAUGUAUGUGGCGAUAACUCCUAUGGCUCAAUCUCAGAAUGACAAAACAGUCCAAAGAGGAAGACAGAGUUCUUCUGAUUAUAUGGCUCCCCAACAAAGAAAGCUUUGAUUUUAACUUUGUGGAGGAACAAGUUGAGCAUGUCAAAGUGAAAAUGCAUAUAACAACGAGGCGUGACAACAAUCUCCUAUUUUUUUUUGUCGUUCUGAAAUAUCUUAGGUGUCCUCUAAUACUAAAAAUAUUCUGUUCGGUGCUAGUUGUAUUUUGUAUGCCCAUCAUCGAUUAUUUUCGAUUUGACCUGCUUAGAAUCGGCCGUGAUAAAUUAGGAAAGGACCAAACCUAAGAUCAUAGCCACAUCAGAGGAGAGUGAGCAUUGGGUCAACAUAAAUCUCCAACUGUUAACAAUAUAUGAGGAGAGUGAGC